AUGGCAUUUCCAGGCACCACCAUCGCCUCCACAACAGAUCUACACAAGAACAACCUUGGCUCUUUUUUCGACAUUCGACGGCAUGGCAUUGUGCGGGAAAGUCCUUCCAUUCGAUUGCAAAAGGCAGCAAAAGAUGGCAACAUUGCUGCUGUAAAACGACUAUUGAAGAAGGUGCCAAAUAUACAGAACCCGGAUCCUGAGACUGGAUACACGACUCUCAUGUAUGCAGCACGAUAUGGACAUGUGGAUUUGGUCGAUUUGCUACUAGAGAUGGGGCAUGAGGAAGAAGUGAUAUCUGUGGAUCACGAUGGUAUCACCGUGUUGAUGAUUGCAGCCAUGUACAAUCACGUAGAGAUCUUUUACAGCUAUGUUUCUCGAUAUCCUGAAUGCAUUCAUGCGAUCAGCAAAAAUGGGUGGACAGCACUACUUUAUGCAGCCAAAAAUGGCAAUGCAGCACUUGUCAGCUAUCUACUUUCGAUUUCAGCGGAUAUUGACCAUGUUGACAAUGAAGGAAAUUCGGCGUUGCAUCAUGCGUCGGCGUGGGGUCAUAGCACUGUGAUGGAAUUAUUGGUGUCUGAAGGAUGCAAUGUAGAUCUUGAAAACAACCAACAAUUUACCGCUGCAGAUUAUGCGUAUUCCUUUGCAGUACAAGAUCAUCUUAAAGAUGUUGCCAACAUGGCCUUCACCGAUCAAUCAUCGCUUUCCCUUUCUUCCUCGUACAAGUCAUCCAUCAUGAAUACACGACCUUAUCCUCCACCCACUGUUGCAUCGACACUUUUAUCCCAUUCAACGCUCAAUGGUUCAGUAGCCAUUUCAAGGGGUCCUUCUUAUGCUGGAUACGAAUCACCUACACCACGUGCAUCCACUUCAUCGUCAUCCGUAGUACCACCGCCACCACCAUCAUCAUCAUCUGCAGCCGUCAAUAGUAUUCCCGUCAAUGCAUCCACGAGCCCUCAUGGACUUCAUUCUUAUAUCACUUCUGCUGCUAAUAGCAGUUCCACAUCCCAUGUUUAA